AUGGAUAAUGACUUAAGUAUUAAUGAUUUUGACACUGAGGAUGAAGCAUACGACUUGUAUAAUGCUUAUGGGGGUAAAGUUGGAUUCAGUAUUCGUAAGGAUUAUGCAAAUAAAAGCCGUAAGACAGGAAAUAUUACAACAAGCAAGUUUGUGUGUUCCAAACAAGGUUUUAGGGUGAAGGACAAGAGGGAUAUCCAUACAAGAAAGCCCAGGGCGGAAACUCGAACCGGUUGUGGUGCACUGAUGCAAAUUAGAUAUGACCGCAAGAAGGGAAAAAUAAGUGUUGCCCAAGCAAUUGAUGUGGAAUUGGCCUGCCAAUCUGGAGUUCCACUCGGUAAUGCAUUUGAGUUAAUGAGCAGGCAGGCUGGUGGGAGGCAAUCAAUUGGCUACACCAAAGUUGAUCAACAAAAUUUUCUAAGGACAAGAAGACAGAGUGAGUUAGAAUACGGAGAGAAGACAUGGCUGAUGAAUUAUUUCAAAAUUCAAUCUUGUGAGAAUCCUUCAUUUUUUCACACUGUGCAGUUGGAUAGCGAUGAAAUGAUAACUAAUAUCUUCUGGGCAGAUUCGAGAAUGAUAAUUGACUAUGGGCAUUUUGGAGACGUCGUCACAUUCGACAUGACAUACAAGCUCGUCCAAAGCAAUCGUCCUUUUGCGGCUUUUCUUGGUUUGAAUCAUCAUCGGGAGACUGCUGUCUUUGGACUAGCAUUGAUGUAUGAUGAGACUGCCAAGUCCUUUGCGUGGCUGUUUGAUUCAUUCUUGAAUGCAAUGUCAAGUAAAGCACCACAAACGAUUCUUACUGACCAAGAUGGUGCAAUGGCAAACGUGUUGGCACAAGUUAUGCCGAGGACAAGACAUUUACUUUGCAUGUGGCACAUCAUGGCAAAUGCACAGAAGCAUGUAGGCACCAUUUUUAGGAAUGAUGAAGGGAUUAAAAGUGUGCUGAGUCAAUUCAUGUACUGUUAUGAUGAUGAGGAUGAUUUUUGUAUACAAUGGGAUGUAAUGUUAAGGGACUACAAUGUUGUUGGUAACACAUGGUUGAACAAUUUGUUUGGUUUAAGAGAAAAUGGGGUUAUCCAUUUGUUAAACAUUGGUUUACCGCUGGAAUGCGGACAACGCAGCUGA